UUCGUUUUCCAGACCUCAUAGCUAAGGCAGUAUAAAACACCGUGGCAGGACUGACCGAAAUAUAUCCAACAUAGACUACCGAGCCGUCGUGAUACUUUUAUGCCUACUGCAUUCACGAAGAUAUUCUAUAGCGAUCAGCCGCGAUAUGUCUAGGCCUACAGACUGGAACCCGUCCUUGUGGAAAGAUUGCUUUGAAGAGCUGUUAGAUCAGGAGCUGGAUCAUGGAGAUGAGUGGACUCUGGGCUUCAACUACAGGCAGACGGACGAAGUGAGCAUGGAGGAUCGCAAGAGAGGAUGGAAGGUUGGCAAACAAUGCGCCUACGGAGGUUUUCGAUGUGGUCGUUGCUCCAAUACUUGGUGGUCGGCCAAGGUCACGUUGGUGUUUAGGUACCGCCUCCGGAAAACUGCUGAAAAAGGGACGGUGAUCAUGCGGCCUUUCGGACAAUCUUGUCGGUCCUGCCAUGAUGAUCAGGAUGUAUUCUACAUGGCGGGGUUUUCCGAUGACGUAGUGGACCGCACACUGCUACAGUUAUUUAAGAAGAUCCGGAAAAACUGUUAUGGAGAAGAGCAAGAUGGGAGUGACGUUCCAGUCUGUGACAACGUGAGGAAGACCAAACCCCACAAGAAGGAACUCUGUGAGGCCUGCCAACAGGGUAUCUGUUGCUUGGAGGAAUAAAAAGUGUGUGUGUGUGUGUGUGUGUGUGUGUGUGUGUGUGUGUGUGUGUGUGUGUGUGUGUGUGUGUGUGUGUGUGUGUGUGUGUGUGUGUGUGUGUGUGUGUGUGUGUGUGUGUGUGUGUGGGGGGGGGGGGGGAUAUUUAUGUUGUUUUUCAGCUUGAAAAUCCUUGCCAAGUCAAAUAUCUUCACAAACCACCAGGGGAAGACAAAACCUUGUCUAUUAAUAACUCUUUUAAAAUAAUUUGCAAUUACUGCUUCAGAACAUUAUGCCACCAUUUCGUAAUAAAAUAUCGAAAAGCGA